AUGAACGUAAAACACACAGUGGGGGAGAAAAACGGCGAUCUGAGAAAAAGCCAAGAAAUAAAGGUCAUCCUGAGAAGGAUAAAGAACAGUGACAACACCAAAGACAAAUUUGGAAAUAUUUUAAAACUGACCAGAUAUACAAGCUAUCUACAUGAAGGAGAAAAAUUAAAAAUUUCAAAAUGCAUUAGUGUUCACUUCAUUUCGUUACUACUCCGGUCGGACAACUCCUACCAAUUAUUUGCUCUCCGGUUAGUUAACAGCUUAAUAUCUGAGUCGACUCAGGUUUACUUAAAAAGGUGCAUGCCUUUUGUUAACUCCAUCCUUUUUUAUUACUGUGAUUUUGUCAAUGAAUGGAAUGAGAAGGUGGAGGUGAUAGAGAGGAGGGCAAGGAAAGCAAAGUGGGAGGGACAGGGGAAAGGGGAAGAAUCUCUCACCUCGCAGAAACGGAGUGGGAAGCUCUCCCCAGGUUUAAGCGACACGGGGGAGUUGUCAAAGUCGGGCGGGUCGGACGGGUCGAACGGAUCAGACGGGUCGAACUGCUCAGACGGAUCGGAAGAUGUGGGGGGGAACUACAACACUGAAGGAAUAAACGAUAUUUACUAUGAAUGCUUAGAAUACCUUAUGAAGAUGCUACCCUUUUUAAAUGAGAGGGAGAUUGUGGAUAACUCCUUUUUUCCUCACAUGUCCCUACUGCUGCUAAACAACACGUUCCUAAAGCUAACCGGCAGCCGUUUCGUGAAGGAGUAUUUCCAUUUACUCAACAAGGUGAUCGAAACGUACAGCCAAAGCAGAGUAACCGCAAUGAAGUGCCAAACUAAUCUAAAUGCACAUAUAAAGAAGCAAGGGUGCGUAAACGUAUUGGAGAAAAGGAGCGUAUACAAACUGUAUGCCAAUAUUAUAUAUCUUUUUUCCCAAGUGAAGGUGCAAGAGGAGAAGGAGGUGCUGUACACCCUCUAUUCCACGGUCUACUCGUGUCUGAGCUUUUCCUUCCUAAGUGAGAAAAGCAUCGAUAUUUUAAAGACCCCAUUAUCUUAUAUGAACGUAGAGCUUUACUUAUUUGCAGAAAAGGUGAUGAAGUAUAUGGGGGGAGAGAAAGAUGUGAAAUCCCACCUCCGCGAAUUGAAUCGAUCUUGCGAGUCUUUUAAAAUGCUAAAGAAAAAAUUUGACAAGGAACUAAGUUCAAUGGUGCACCUCUUUUGCAAUUAUUUACUUUUCGAAAAUGGGAACUAUGUAGAUGAUUUUCUGAGCUUACUGGAGUUGUUCGCCAUUUGGGUAGAUGAGGAAAGGGACUUCUUGGCAUUUCUUCUAAUUAUUAAGCAUGUGCAUGCAGAUCGGUACAUCCACAACAAGCAGUUUGUAACGAAACUCUUUCUCCUCAUACUGGACCCAACCAUGAAAAACGUUGUUCACAUAAAAAUCCUAUAUGACAUUUUUUACAGAUGUAUUUUUAACGUUGUAGAAUCUGUGCAGAUUGUUCAAAAUGAUCACUUUGUGAAAUUUCCGCCUGAACAUGUUCAUAAUUUUUUUUUCCAAGAUUACGAUUUGGUUCUGCCGUGUAACAUACCAAUUGACAAGCUGAACGGAGUGCCAUUCGUGUACAUCAUAUGUGAGGACGAGUACAACAAAAGGAAGGAUGACCAACUGUUCACUCGCAAUAUAAGCAGCGUCCUUUCCUUUUCUGUGAAUUUUUUUUUUCACUACUACUUCUUUUUUUUGAUGCCUCCAAAGGGACAAGCUCCCAACUCAGAGCCCUACUUAUUUGAACACAACUACUUCAAUUCUAGCGCUGGGCGCAUUCGAACGGACGAGCGCGAUUUUUUCCUCGCGCUUAAGGUUCUUUUCACCAUUUCGUCGCUGCUCUUCCUACGCUUUGAUUCCUCCAUUCUGGACGCCCUCCUGGACAAGCACCCCGCGCUGUUUCUGCAGGACUGCCUCAUUGCAUCCCUCCUCAACCUGAAAUUUGAAGUCCAAGUUGGAGUAGACAUAGAAGAAGGAGAAGGAACACUGAAGGAGAAAGAAGAAAUCCGCAAAAGGGGGAGAAGAAGGCAUAAGUACUUUCUCCAUAAUUUAGGAUUAGUCUACCUUAUUAUGUAUUACCAUCCCACUUUUGCCCGCGGGGAGAUCCGUUUCGAGACGAGCAAGGUGAAAAUGCAGGAGAGGCACCUUUCCAUUUGUGCGUUUUUAAACAGGUUUAUCGAGACCUACGUGUGA